AUGACGGCGUUCAUCGCCGGCCAGAAAAUCUUGUGUCCACUGUUCUUCUUCUUCCACCUCCGUUUGACACCGCCACGCACGCGCCCGCUCGCCCCCUGCUUCAGCUACUCUGCACAACCUCCGCUGCCGCGCCCUCCCCGGUUCCCUUUUGCGCUCGCCGCCAACGCCUGCUCGCACCGCCCCUGCCGACGCGCCCGCCCAUCGCGGUCAGGCCUCGCCCGCGCGCGCGUGGCCGCGCCCCCGUUCGGUCGAUGCUGCUCUCUGCUCGUCCGCCCAUACCUGGUGCACCCCUGCUCGCCCCGACCGCCCGCGCGCCCGGCUGCGCGGUGCUGCGCCCGGCCACGCCCGUGCCCCGCCACUGCUCGUAGAGGCCACCCCGCCGGAGCUCCGCCUAGUGCUGCUGCCACCGCUGCUUCUGCAUCGCUGCUAGCCGCCCUCGCCCGCGCUGAUCUCUGCCCGCUCGCUCGCGCUCGCCGCAUCGCCCAGCCGCCCCUGACCUCGCUCGCGACCACUACCCGCCGCCGUUGGCUGCCGCUCGCCCGGCCGCGCCCGCCCCCGACCGGCGGCCCCUGCUGCCUACUCGAGUCCCUGAGCUCGCCCACGCGCGCCCGCGACCCCUGGCCUCUCCGGCCCGCGCCGCCCUCUCCCGGCCGAGCCCCGCCGUGGCUCGCCGAUGGCCGUGCUGCUCCUUCUGCCUGUGUGCGCGUGCGUACUGUGUGUGUGUGUGUUAGGUUAGUCUGCAUGGAAGCAUAUUAUCUAAAAAAUGAAGGAAGCACGCCACCUGAUAGUGCUGCGAUUUACUACUGA